AUGCAGUCCAGCUUUGAUCACCUGACUGAGGUUCAACUCAGCUCCACCACGUACCUCGACGACAUCCUCUCCGUGCUGGAGCUCAAGGCUGGAGUUCGGGAAGAUGAUGAACGGCGCCACGCCUUCAAGACGAUCAUGUACGACGGUGGCCGAAAGAAGGACGAGUCCCUGGGGCAAUAUGCAAUGCGGCGUCUCAGGGACUACAACCAAGCGGCCACCCACGGCAUCAACAUCCCCGCCGAGUUCAAAGCUUCCAUGCUCCGGGAGGGUGCCAACAUCUCUGAGCAGACUCAACAGAACCUGACGACUCUCGCUGCAUCGCUGGCCCGGCUUGAUGUUAGGGCUGACCGUCUUUCGGGCUUUGUGUAUAGCUCCCAAGGACAGGAUGCCUCCUACCUGGCGGCCGAGGCUAACGACGCCGCUGCCGAGGACGAGGACGAUGGCUCGGACUCUGGCGAGGAGGAGCUGGAGAAUGCCGAGCAGUUCUACGCCGAGCUCGCCGACCUCGACAUGGACGAGGAGCAGAUGGGUUGGGUCCUGGCCACCUUGGACGGGCGUGGCUUCCACAAGCGCCGCAGCUGGAAGGAGAAUAAGAAGUUCAAGGCCGAGGCCAGAAAGGAUCGAGGGUCUUUUGUCAAAGGCCAUGCCGCCGCUGAAGCUCCUCGAGGCCAGUUUGGUGGAGCUCCCGGCCAGAAAGCCUCCUUCUUCAAGCCGCGCGGUCCUGCGAAGAGGGGUCGAAUGUCCGUCGACGAGCUGAAAAAGGUGACCAAGUGCCGGCUCUGUCACAAGCGAGGACAUUGGUCUGCCGAGUGUCCAACUCACCGCGGCGGAACAGGUCCGGAGAACGUCGCGCGGGUGUCCGGCUUCUGCUACCUCGGUAACGAGAUCGACUACCAGGAGCCCCCGGCUUCCUCCUUUCUCGCCUAUGCGACUCAGGUCAUGGGAUGCACGCUGGCCGCUGCCUCCUCCUCAUCAUGGUCCUUCUUAACGAUACCGUCCGCUAUGGGAAUACUCGAUAUAGGAGCAACCCAAGACUUGAUUGGGACAACAGCUCUAUGUGCUUUGGAACAUGAACUUGGGAAGAGCGGCUUACGAGUCAUUGACAUCCCUCCUCCUUCGUUGGCCCCCACCGGCAUAGGAGGAGCUGCCAAGGUUGUGAGGGCAGUCCUUGCCCCGAUUUCGCCUGGCGGCGUUCCGGGCGUCGUCCACUUUAUUGUGGUCCAGGAGAACAUCCCGCCGCUCUUGUCCGUCGGCUUCCUGGAGCACCUUGGCGCCUCCUUCGACUUGAGGUCGAAUGAGAUCAACCUUCAGGCCAUCGGGGUUCAGAUGAAGAUGCAUCUGUUGCCGUCUGGGCAUCGGGCUAUCCCGUUGGUCCAGUGGAAUGGGCAACAUUUUCCGGUGCCCCCUCCGGCACGAGUGGCGCAUGGUCUCACAGAGGACGCUGUCAUGAAGAAGUCCGACUCCAAGGCCUCCUCCACGUAUGCAAAAAGUUCAGGGUGGUCUACUCGUGCUCAGCCAGGAUCUGCCCUAGGAGAGUCUUGUGAUGGUCUUCAAGAGUCGACUGCCGUUUCCGUGAGCGCCGCUGUUCAACAGUCGCAGUCAUCUGUCCAGUGCAUCGCUGCCUCGAAGCCACAGUCUGCCGCUUUCUACCAGUCAACCACCAGCAGCGGGGAUUUCGAGCCCAAAUUAUGUGUUGUCGAUGCUUCCCUCGGCUCAGCUGUUGCUCUCAUGGGCAAUCGAUCUGCCAAUACGGCACCCCAAUUCGAACCUCCUCGUCGGAACGAUGGAUGCCCCGCCUCCUUCGGCGGAACCGACUGGGACAGCCGCAGUGCAGCGGCGAUGGAGGAUGUUAAUGGCCCGCGUCUUCUACAUGUUCGAGACGGCUCGACUGGGAUACCGCCGACUGGCGGUGGCCGAGACCACGACAAAGAGCGUCCAUUCCGACCGCAAGAGCUACUUGGUGAGCAGCAAUCAGGAGCCGGGCAAAUGCGUGCACUCGGGCGAGCCACUGCACCGUGCGAAUCAAUAUGCCAUGUGGACGGUGUGUCGCCAGUGUUCAGCGAGGCUCACCUACACCUCCAAGAACAACCGAGCCAAGGCACGGCCCCAAAGGCGAGCUCCUGCGGACGCUACUUCCUCGACGACUCCCCCGAGCUUCGCGUCUGCCGCACCAACCACGAGCUCGACACGCCGGACCGCGACUAUAAGCCCGAGUGCUCCACCGACGGAGGAGAUCCACCCGCUCUGGCGGCGGGGUUUCAGGACAUCGGUGCCUCUAUGCGCGACCUGGCUCAGGGGCAAAGUCGUCUUCUACUGAUGUUGAACCAGGCUUCCUUCUCGGCGGGCCCAAUGGAGACCCUGGAGGAGGCCCGUCGCCAUGACGUCAACAUGGCCCAGCGCCUGGAGCACGAGUCUCAGAUGUCAGUGGACGGAAGUCAGGACGACUCCUCUCCUCAAAGCUGGGCAAGAGUGUUACCUGGGGCGAACUUCACUCCGGAGGAGGGACCUUCCCUGACAAUGUGGCCACGCUGGAUGACGCUGUCCAUGGCCUCCUUGGCAACUUCUCUGAUCGGCUGGGAGCAGCUCUCCAGCCAACUUCAAGGCACGCUCUCUUCGGCUGGAGGAGAUCGAGAUUGCUGGGCGGACUCCAUCAGCAAGGUGAUUCCGGAGGACCGAUUUAUAUCUCAGGGCCCAGGUGCGCCUCAGGCCCUCUCGCGGACUCUGGGAGAGAGCCACGUGACUGGGGAGCGUUUCUGGCAGCGACCUCGGCGUCUACGGCUACUGGAGAGCUGCAGAGACCUAUCUCUCCAGCCCAUUGGCUUCGACUCAGAGGGCGCCCUCAAUACCCAAGGUCCCUACUGGCUUGUGCGCGCCCCCCGUCUUCGCGAUGAACUGGACGACGCCGCCGAGGCGCAGAUCUACGCGGAGGACCACGAGCUCUACAAGGCGGCACGAGGACUGGAGGGUCUGGCCAGAGAUCAGGCUCGUGACUUCUCUGGUCAGACGGUGGACUAUGCCGAGCUGUUUUACACUUCCUCUGUCAUUCCGCUAGCUCGAGCCAGCGGCCUGAAGACUCCCCCCAACCACGAGAAUUUCUCCGAGCAGGCCGGCUGGUCCGAGCAGAAGAAGGAGCAUCGGCAACGUUUUCGGAAGUUCCUCCGGGAUCGAGCUCCUCGACUACUAGGAGUAUCACUAAGGAGCUCCGGAGGUCAUCUUUCGGACCCGACACUCGCCACGGAUCAGCUGCGUCAAGGCAUGGCCAUCGAGGCGGUCAAGGAGCAGCUGAAAGGACGUCGAUGCUUCUAUCUCGAGGACUAUGUCUCCUCCCGGCUGUGGGACCAGCCAGCAUGGCACGAUCUCGUCUCCGAGAACUCUGUGGUUUUUCGAGCCGCCCGAGAUCCUGGAGGCAAGGCGGUGGCCACGAACGACCCAGCGCUUGCUCGAGCUCUCUUCCGCCAGGACGAGAAGGAUUUGUGUUUCCAAGGUGUCGCAAGCCACUUCACCCCACUCUCCACUGUCGAGCAGGGUCAGCUGUCCGACUCCGAGGCUAAAGCCUAUCAGCUGCGGGCGGUGAAGAACUAUUCUCGCUCCGCGUGUGUGAAGCUCCUGGAGGCCACCAGUUGGAAGGACGAGCCCCACACCUCAGGACGAGGACAGUCCUGGCGGAGUGAAUGGUAUCGCACCUUAGGCAAGUUCGUUCAUGGAGGGGUUUCCGGAUUGACACGAUGUUCUCGUCAUCAUCAACAGCUCUCCCUCUACCUCAAUGAGUUCCUGGACUUCCACGGCAGCUCCGAGCCCCGAACUUCCAUCACCAUCAGCAAGAACGCCAGGCCAGGCAUGCAUCGUGACGUCAACAAUCUGGGGCGCAACAGCACCAUGGCUCUGGGGAAGUUCUCCGGUGGACAGCUGUGGGUUGAAGAUCCAGCCGGGACUCUUCAUCGACGCGAUCCUCAAGGAAA